AUGAGGUUGGCUGGAAUUUUCUUGGCUUGUUGCAUCUUAUCAUGUCUACUCCCAAGCCACUUUUCUCAAGGUGAAGAACUAAGUGUGACGGCUGGGCAGAUAAGGCCGUGGUGCCCAUCAAAACAACAAGUGUUCAGUGGUUCAUGCCCAAAUGAUGGAGGACAACAAUGUGUAAAUGACUUGUUAAGUACUUGGUAUCCAUAUGUAAGGCUUAGCCCAAUCUCCUGCAAGUGCUCUCCUCAGUCUAACAACAUGCGUCUCUGUAGUUGUCCUAAUAUGAUUUGCAAAUAA